UGCUCAAGUCACGGCAACUAGUUGACCAAAAAACCUCUGACCGGUAUUUCUGGUCUAGAAGAUUCUCCUGGAGGAGUAGGUGGAAGUGGAACAAGCUCUUGGGCCGUCUGGUCCCCUGCCGGAGAUACGAAACCGAACCCGCCCCAACGGACCAACCACGUUGUUAUCUCACAUUCUCACAUUUUCUUUUUUUCAAGGAAUUCGGUUCCCAUCCUAUUCCUCACAUUCAGGAAUCAAACAGAGAAUAUGACAUUGAAGAUUUUCGUCUCGAUUGCUUAAACAUUGACAGCAUUACGAGUUUCAGCUGCAAUUUGGCUCUGAGCGUUCCUUUUUUUAUUAGUUGUGUAUGAUAAAGUGAUCUGAUUGAAUUGAUUAGUAGGUUUUUAGGUACAUAAAUGGAUAUUGAUGAAAUUUUUGGCACUAACCGACCCGGAAACCUUACAACAAAGAGUGCAAUUUUUGUAUGGGGCUAUAAUCAGUCAGGACAGACGGGUAGGAGGGGCAAAGAGUGCCAAUUGAGGAUCCCUAAGCAGCUCCCUCCAGAGCUUUUUGGGUGCCCGGCCGGGUUCAAUUCCCGCUGGUUGGAUAUUGCUUGUGGUCGUGAGCAUACCGCGGCCGUGGCCUCCGAUGGGUCACUUUUUACUUGGGGUGCUAAUGGCUUUGGUCAAUUGGGAGAUGGAACUGAGGAGAGAAGGGAGCACCCUAAGAAAGUGGAUCAAAUGCAGACGGAGUUUGUGAAAUCUGUUUCGUGUGGAGCACAUUGUACUGCUUGUAUCGCAGAGCCUCGUGAAAAUGAUGGAAGCCGCUCGACAAGUAGGCUUUGGGUUUGGGGCCAAAAUCAGGGAUCGAAUUUUCCCCGCUUAUACUGGGGGGCCUUUACUCCUAAUACGAUGAUCAGUCAAGUGUCCUGUGGAGCAGUGCAUGUGGUGGCCUUAUCUGCGGAUGGCCUUCUACAAGCGUGGGGCUACAAUGAAUAUGGUCAGCUUGGCAGAGGUCUUACCUGUGAAGGACUACAGGGGGCUCGUGUAAUAAAUGCUUAUGCGAAGUUCCUUGAUGAGGCUCCUGAGCUCGUGACGAUUACCCAAGUGUCAUGCGGGGAGUACCACACAGCAGCAGUAUCUGAAAAAGGCGAGGUCUAUACUUGGGGGCUAGGAAAUAUGGGUCAACUUGGGCAUCGUUCCCUCCAGUACGGUGAUAAAGAGCUAUUGCCAAGGAGAGUGGUUGCCCUUGAUGGAAUAUUCAUAAAGGAUGUUGCAUGUGGUGGUGUACAUACAUGCGCUACGACUCUGAAGGGAGCUCUUUAUGCUUGGGGUGGUAGUCAAGUAGGGCAAUUAGGCCUUGGCCCCCAAGCGGGAUUCUUUUCAUGCAUUCCUAAUGAACAAGAGACAUUUUUCCGCAAUUUCCCUGUUUUGGUUGUUCCAAAUGGUGUGCAACUUGUUGCAUGUGGACAUUCCCACACACUUAUUUCCAUGAGGGACGGAAGAAUUCAUGGAUGGGGCUACAAUAACUAUGGUCAGGCAGCUAACGAGAAAUCUACAUAUGCUUGGUAUCCAUCACCAGUUGAUUGUUGUGUUGGGGAAGUGCGGAAAUUAGCAGCUGGUGGUGGUCAUUCAGCUGUGUUGACUGAUGCAUGUUCCUUAAAAGAGUUGUGUGAGUUUAGGCUUGCAGAUAGUGUGACUCUACUGAAUGCUUCUGAUGUCGAGGAUGUUGCUUCCAGAACAGGAUCAGAUGCUUUAGCACGCCUUUGUGAGAGAUUGAGGGAACAUAUGCUUGAAGGUGGUGAUUGUGAACAUGAAGAUGAUGAGUUCAAUGGCGUGCAGAACUGAAGAAACUAUUGAAUUGGCUUUAAAAUAGAUUUUCAUUUUCUGGGUAAUUAUUUCCUGUUGGUGUCUUUUAUUACCAAUUUGGUUAGAACUAUAUAAUCAAGUAUUGCUUCAUUCAAAUGGGUAAGGGGGAAUCUUGUCCUUAAUUAACAUUACCUAUAAUUCAGUCAUUAUGUAUUUCUGAUACCAAUCUGAUUGGCAACUUAAGUGAAGACUGAUAUUGAGACGGUGGACUUGUAUUCAUGAAAUUUUAAUGUUAAUGAACUCGAACGGUUUGUAAAA